UAUGUUGUGCAUGUGCUGUCGUUUUUUGUGAUAUUCGUACUAUUUUGAUGAUCUUGAGCCAUAAAGAACUGAAAAAGCAGAUAUGAAAUAGCGUCACCUCACUUGAUAGUUUGUUAUAUAGUUGGUAUUUUUGAUGAAAGGAUAUGUUGGUUGUUGUGUUUGUAACGCUUUCCCUUUAUUGCUUCUCUUCAGAUAAUUCCAUUCUGUUUUGAAUAUGGAUAUAUAAUAGUAUAUUUCUUUCCUAGUUGGCUCCUGGUCGAUCAAAAGAGAGAAAGAAGGGAUUCUUUUGCCUAAUUGACAGAUGCUAUUGUGAAUUUAGCCCGUGGUACUAUCUAGAGAUAUAAUCUUUUUUCCCAGUUUGAGCUCUGUUACAUGCUUGGACCUUUGUAUUCUCAAUCUCUUCUUAAGUAGAUUGCUAGUUGGUCCUUGUUAUUGUGUGAUUGAAUCAUUAUGAAGAAACAGCAUAUGACUGCUUGAUGACGGGUGGAAUAAGACAUUUUAUUACAAAAGGAAAAACAAAUAUUGCAUCCUAUGUGGUAUGAUGGCAGAAGUUGAGUAAAGUCCGAGAGCUAAUUACCAGUACUGCCUUUUGUUUUGAUAUUAGGUGUGUCAUCGAGUUCAACGCACUUUCUGCUCGAUGAGGCAUGCAAAUAUAAAACAUGGAUCUUUUCAUCUUGAAGAGCACAAUAUGCGAAUCACACGAGCACGAGCAAGAGCAAGUGUGUUGGGUUCAUCAGGACGAUUACCACCCCUACACCCAUCCACAAAACAGGAUAAGAAGCAUGUAUUGGGAGCAGAGUCCAAAAGAUCGAAAAGAUCUGCCUCAGAUGAGAACAGACCUGGUACCUCUAGUACUGCUACUGGUGUUCAGCCUAAGAGAAGGGCUGUUCUUAAAGACAUGACGAAUGUACUUCAUGAGAACUCUCACAUGAAUUGCAUCAACGGAAGCAAAAUUCAGGUUAAAAAAGGCUCCGAUAAGAGGAACAAUAAGGCGAAACCUGCUGUUUCGGUAAAAUUGUCACAGCUCCAAGAGAAAGGAAAAGAGGAUAUAGCUGAUAAAGUAAAGAAAGUGAAGGUUGAGGGAUCACAAGAAAUAAGUUCGGGGGCAAACUGCAAGGAGGAUAUGUUACCUCAGCUAAGUAGAUAUGUCACUCCAGCACAAUGUGGUUUAGUCCAUCUAGUGCCUGUGAACAGAAGUUCCUGUAAGGCCAUCCCACUUCAGGAUAUAAUGAAAAAAGAUGAAAGCAAAGUUUGCCGGAAACAAGAAGGCUUUGCUAAUCUAGGAGUUGCUGAUAUUGAUUCAAGACACAAGGAUCCACUGAUGUGUAGUCUGUAUGCUCCUGAUAUUUAUAACAAUUUGCAUGCCAUUGAGUUUGACCGUAGGCCUUCUGUUGAUUACCUGGAAAAGCUGCAGCUGGACAUUAACAAGGGUAUGCGAGGUAUUCUGAUUGAUUGGCUUGUGGAGGUUUCAGAAGAAUAUAGGCUGGUUCCAGACACACUUUACCUAACUGUUAAUCUUAUUGACCGUUUCCUAUCUGAAAAUUACAUUGAAAAACAAAAGCUGCAACUACUUGGAGUUACCUGCAUGCUAAUAGCUUCCAAAUUUGAAGAGAUUUGUGCACCUCGUGUUGAAGAAUUUUGCUUCAUUACAGAUAACACUUACUCGAAGGAAGAGGUAAUAAAAAUGGAAAGCAGAGUCUUGAACCUUUUGAGCUUUCAACUUGCUUCUCCAACCACUAAGAAAUUCCUGAGGAGAUUCAUUCAAGCAGCUCAAGCUUCUUACAAGGUUCCCUCUGUCGAACUGGAAUUCAUGGCAAAUUAUUUAGCUGAGUUAACACUUGUUGACUAUGGGUUUCUUAAGUUUCUUCCAUCUCUUACUGCUGCAUCAGCUGUAUUUCUAGCUAGAUGGACGCUUGAUCAAUCUAACCACCCAUGGAAUCCAACUUUGGAGCACUAUACCAGAUACAAGGUAUCAGAGCUUAGAACUACAGUUUUUGCACUGCAAGAGUUACAGAUGAACACCAGUGGCUGCACCCUCAAUGCCAUACGUGAAAAAUAUAGACAACCAAAGUUCAAGUCCGUGGCUACUUUAGCAGCUUCAAAACCAGUCCAAUCACUGUUCUAAGAAGAGCUCGUAUUCCAUCUGCUUGGCCAGUUCAAAUGUUGUGAAUCCAUCCUAAAUCUCUCAUAUUAAGUCAGACUUGCAUGGAAGUAUCCCAUAAUCUGUCAAUCGCCAAAAGAGCCCUCAUUUUGUUUAUUCCUCUUCCAAGGUUUAACUGCUGUAUCAUUCUAGAUUCUAAUUUGUUCAAGGUACUAAUAGAUUAUUAGGUGGAAAUGUGAAGGCUUAGUUGAAGUGAAGCUGUUAAUUUAACAGAAUAUUAGUAGAAAAGAAGUUAAGAGUAACCGAUAGCUACUUGCUAUCUUGUAGUUUGACUUUCGAGCUUACUGAAAGCUCCAGUUGUAAAAUCGUUCUGAAACUGACAUUUCUAUUCUUUUAGUCAACAAAUUCGUUCAUGUUAAA